GUCACCGCGAGCCCGACCGCAGGCAACCGCGCCGCUGGAAGUGCCGCACAGAGCGGAGUCAGUCGCGUGUGACGUCAUUCCUGGCUGCAUUGUGACGUCACCCUGGCUGCACUGUGACGUCACUGAGGCCGGCGCGGCGGUGCAACGUUCGUGGAACGAAGGACGUCCCGCUCUGACGGGGUAGGCCCGGCAAAACUGGCGCCGCUCGCUCGGCCGUCAGCAGUUGCACCGCGAGAGAGCACCGAGCAAGGCGCAGCGAGCGCGCAUCGAGACAGCGAGAGAGCGCAGCGAGAGAGCGCAGCGAGACACAGCGAGAGGCGAGCGAGCCUUCUACAGUGAGCAAACCAGCUCAGAGCGAGAGGGUGAACUCAGCUAGUUCUGCAGUAACACUGGCAGCGGACGGAUCGACAGCAAUCGUCAUGACCAGUACGAACGGCGAUGUGCCGCCGCGCGGUGCCGAUCCGGACACGGGCGCGGCCCUGCUGGAGGGCGGAGAGGUCCCGCCGGCCGGCGUGCAGCCAUUCGAGGAGGACCUGAGCGGUGGUGCGGGGGAUGUUGGGGGAGGUCCAGGUGUAGAAGACGUGGGCGGAGGCGGAGGUCGGCGGCGCAACAAGUGGACUCGAGUGUCGGACGUACGGCCGAUGAAGCCGACCGAUAUUGACGUCUACAGCACCAAGAAGACGGUGACGCAGGGUUUCAUGGACGUGGCUCUGCUAUCGGCCAACGCGGACCAGCUGCGCACGCUGGUGACCCGCGGAGACCCGGACUCGCCGUUCAGGGUGGUGUGUAUCGUCUUCUUGGCCUUCAGCAUCGUACUGCAGGUAGUGAUCGCCGUCUGCCUGAUGCUGAAGGCCCGCUACAACAUCAACAAGCAGCACCAUUUCCGCCGUGCGGAGACCAUCAACAACGUCUGCAUGAUCGCCUCGAUCCUGCUGACCGUCUUCAACGUGCUGGCGUCAGCGUUCACAGGAGAGGUGCCGCCAGUCCCCUCCGUGCCCUCAGCCACGACGCUGCUGGAGAAUUUCCACAACUCCUUCAACACCUGAGGAGCCGGGCGAAAGACGCGGAUGGCAUUGUCGAGCGGCGUUUGAAGACGCCAGAGGCAUGGGUGGUUCCAAGGCCGGAGGCCGGCUGCUCUUGCAUCGCCACUGCUAGUUGUUCAAGGAUGGAUAGACGAGUGAUCUGACCGGCCCGUAUCGGGUUCAUGGCUGUUCUGGGGGCGGCUUGACGCGGUGAAUGAACUCGCAACUCGCCAUACUCUGCCGCCGGCGUGGACCAUGACAGCUCAGCGAUACAGCGUUCCUGUGACUAUCCCUAAUUUGGCACAGAAUGAGACAAAUAAGUACUCUUCCCUUUAGUGAGCUGCAGCCUCAAAGACAGCUGCGAGCGGAACAUCCAACCGUCUCGCAAAGUAACGCCUCUAUCGCUUCACGCUGCACGCGUCCCUGCAAUUGCAUCAUCGCGAGUUCCCGCCUCCAUACGACUCGUCCCCACUCGUCGUUAUCCUCGCGUGCAAGGUCACCCGGUGUGUGAAACGAUAGGACUGGAUGUGACCUCGUGCUCGCACCCGGCGGCCCGACGAGAAGAGAAUCAGCCCACGUUUGGCACUGGCUGACGCGCGGGGACCGCCCGAUGGAUUUUGCGAAUGGCCUGAGAGACUCUAACGCUACAUUCUCACUCAGUGCUGGCUAUUGGGUAAAAAUGUGUCGCUGUAAUUCAUUGCCCGCACUGUAUUUGCGCAAUGCAGGGAUAAAAACGGUGGUCUAGUGUUAGAUCGAUUCGAUGAGGCGUGAAAUGUGUGAGAGGCGUGAAGAAGACAGCGCCGUAGCUGUCCGAAUGGCAAUAAACAGUGCUGUAGGUAUUGCUUCGUAUCGGUCUCGGUAUAGACAAACUGCUACGGGUGGUGUCACUCGUGAAGGAAUGAACCCUAGUCAUGUGCUUGUGUGAUGUUAUCAUUGUUUUUACUGUUGAACUUUGACAUUGUUUUAGGAUAAGUAUUGAAUAUAAGUGUGCACGGGUCGUCAA